UUGAUUACGAUUAAUUUGUUUCAAUUGUUAAUUGUCUUUUAGUUUCUAAUUACUAAUUGUUGAUUUUGUAAUGUGUUCAGACUUUGGUAAUUGAUUGGAGUUUGAACAUAAGGUUCUUCUUUUAAUGCAAAAAAGAAAAGGCCAAUCUCACUUUCAAUUACAAGUUAUCAUGUACUCAGCGAGUUAAUUAUGGAGGGAUAAUAUUCACCAUGAUGUCUUAGGAUAAGAAGAAAAUAUCAACCCCGCCGUUGAUCAACACUACAAUCAAAGGAAAACUAUUGGACGAAAAGCUAAAUUCAAUCAAUCUCUCAGUGGACAAUUAGCUUAUAAUAAUUAUUUAUUUGUUCUUCUAAUCUUAUUAAUAUAGGCUGGAUUUACAAAUGAUAUUUUUAGAUUUGUAAUCAUGUCGGCUACAAGAAAAGUGUGCGUAUCAAGUAGCACGAGUUGAGCAGAUAAAUUUGUUAAAGUGAAAGCCAUUGAUGAGAGAGAAAGAAAAGCCGAAGACAUAAUCUAACGAUCGAGAUUGAGGAUAAAGAAGCUAAAAAAUGAGACAAAAGUGAAUCUGAAAAAAAAGAGCCAAUAGGAAGGAGAUGAAAGAAAGAUGAACCAAAGGAGAAGACAAGAAGAGAAAACAAAAAGAGGAGAAAAAAAAAGUCUAAUACGAAACAAGGAAACAAACUUGAAAACAAUGACAAUGAAGGGAACCAUCAAAUGAAUGUCAGAAAAUAAGGAGUCAGGAUCAGAAUCAGAUUCUAAAGACGAGGGAAAUAAAAAAGAAAGGAAAGAAAAAAGCUCUACCAAGAAAAAGAAAGAGAAAUGGUGAAAACGAAGACGAAGGAGAAGAAGAUGGAAAAAAAAUCAAAGGAAACUAACAAAAGGAGGAAAAACAUAGAAAGGGGUGUGGGUGUUUGCAGCGAAGUAUUUUAACAGGGAGUCAAAUCCAUGGGAAGGAAUAGAAAAGGAGGUAAAUAUAAUUCGACAGAGAAGAGAGAGAGAGAGAAAGGGAGAAAAAACAAAGAAACAAUCGACAGGGAAGAAAGAAAAGAAAGAGAAAAUGAAAGACAUGGUUAUGCAUUUGAAUGUUUUGAUGAUGAGAAAGAGAGAAAAGAUAGAGACUCGAAAAAGAAAGUAAAGAAAGAGAGAGAAAUAAAAAUCCAUAGAGAAAGUGAGAAAACGAAGACAGAGAAAAAGCCUUCUAAAUGGCAUCAUCUUCAAUUCCAAUAUAAUAUUGUACCUUUUUUUUAAAAAAGAAAAAAUAACAACAAUCAAAUUACAUUCAUUUGUUAAUUGUUAUCACUAUUUAAAUUAUCAAUUUUUUCCUUUAAAAUUGGAACAAUAAUCAAUUACAAUUAGUAACCAAUUCUGGUAAACAUCAAUAGUGAAUAUAAAAGGGAAAAAAGGUGAAUACUUUUUUCCCUUUCUUUUUUUUUCUUUUCAUCAUCAUCAUCAUCAUCUCUUGAUCUUCUUCUUCUUUGUUUUAUAUUCAUUUAAAUUGUUAUUAUCUAAAUUUAAUAUUAUCCAUCAUUACCUCAUCUUCCACUUGUUUCUUUCUCCAUCCUCAUCACCAACAUCACCAAUAUCUUCAUUUUCUUGUUGUGUGUUUGAUAAUCAGUGGAUAUGUUUAAUGUUUACAAAUAUAUUAUUUCUGCUAAUACAAUAAUAGUAACAUCACCAUCACCAUCAUCAUCAUCAUAAUCCAAUGUUGAUAAUAUAAUAAUAAUUCAUAAGAAUAAUAAUUUCUUUCAACCUUAAUAACAAUAAUUUACUAAUCUACAUGAUUAAUAAUACUUAUUAAUUUAGUUCUCCUCCCCUCUUAUCCUCUUUGUUUUGGUGUUGUUACAAUUUCAAUUUACUUGGCUAAUUGUUGAUAAUCAAUCACAUCAUCUGAUUAACUGUUACCUCAAUUUGUUGGAGGAAUCACUUUAAUUGUGCUGAUCAAAUAUCUCUACUCUCCUUGUGAUUGUAAUAUUAUCAACUAAUUGUAAUCUCAAGUAAUUGUUUUCCCUUUUUUUGCUAAUUUAAAAUCAUUGUGAAGGAUUAACUCCAUCCGGUUAUAUUAAAGGAUUAAAUCAGAAUGACCCGAGACAGAUUAGCUGCUCUUAAAGCGGCUGCUGAAGAUGAGGAUGAAUUCGAGGUGGAUAUGCCCAAUAGUGAUGUUAAAAAUGAAUUUUUCCAACAAGUGGAGGAAAUCAUGGAAAUGGUUGAAAAAAUGAAAACGGAUGUGGAAGAGGUCAAAAGGACACAAAGUGCGAUAUUAUCGUCACCCGGAAAUGAUGAAAAAUUGAAGGUUCAAUUAGAUAGUCUAAUGACAACGAUUAAGAAAAAUUCUAAUGUGGUUCGAGGUCGAUUAAAAGCAAUGGAACAAGAAAUAGAGAAAAUGGAAGAAUCGGGUGAUAUGUCAGCCGAUUUCCGGAUCCGGAAGACACAACAUUCGAUGCUUUUACAGAAAUUUGUUCAAACAAUGACUGAUUAUAAUCAAACUCAAGUUGAUUAUCGUGAAAGAUGUAAAGCAAGAAUACAACGACAACUUGAAAUUGCUGGUAAAACCACAACAGCGGAAGAGGUUGAAGAAAUGCUGGAAAGUGGGGAAAGUGCUCAAAUAUUUACCGAAGGAAUUGUUACUGAUACAGCUCAGAUGAGGCAAACAUUGGCUGAUAUUGAAGCUCGUCAUGCAGAUAUUAAAAAAUUAGAGAAAAGUAUAGUUGAAUUACACGAGAUGUUUUUAGAUAUGGCAAAUCUUGUAGAAAGUCAGGGUGAAAUGAUUGAUAGAAUUGAAUUUCAUGUUGGAAAAGCUGUAGAAUAUGUUAAGGCUGGAACAGAAGAUACUAGGAAAGCAUUGAAACUCCAACGUGAAGCUCGUAAGAAAAAAUUGAUGAUAAUUGCUUGUAUAGCGAUCGCUGGUCUCAUUUUGGUUCCAAUGGUUUUCAAGUUUAUCCCGUUACCAUUUUGAAGAAAUUAAAUCUUAAUCAGUUCCCUAAUUUGAUGGAAUCACGUGUGACAAUUAAAACAGACUUUAACUAUUUAAUGUUAAUUUUAAACAACUUCAUCUACACAAUUUUUCAACAAUUAAGGAUUAUCAUUGAUUCAUCAACAGCAGCAACAACAACAACAACAGUAACAACAAUACAAUCAGCAGCAAUAUAUUUAUUGAUUGAUUUUUUUAAAUAUCAACAUGAUUGAGAUAUUAAUAGCUGAAGGUGGGAGAUUGAUGGAGACAGGGAGUGAUUUAUGCUAAUAAUGUAACAAUAAUAUUACCAAUAUAUUACCAUAACAAUAAUACGUAAUUGUAAUAAGACUAAUAAUAAUAAUCAAGGACAAUUGCAAUCAACUAAUGGUCCAGUUAAUUUUAAUGAUGAUAAACUACUCAAGGAAACUGCAAAAUCCACCGGAAUGAUUAGUUGAUGAUAAACGUUUUUUUUUGUUUUCUGUUGUCAUUGUUACUUAAUUACUAUUAUCUAUCCAUCGCUAAUUGAAUCUUCUUGAUAUGGUUUACUAUUUCAUCAUCUUCCUCCUCGUCAUCCUCAUCCUCAUCUUGAUCAUAAUCCUCUGUUUCAAAUACACUACACUUCCAACCUUCAUAUCAAAGGGAGUUAACAGAUUUAAUAAUAAUAAUAACUCAAAAUCAUCUCGUAUAUGCAAAUAACAGCAACACGAUGAUAAUCAUCAACAAUUUGGCGACAACAAUUAAAUCAAAAUCAAUAAGAUCAUCAAUUUAAAUCACCAGACAAAAAUGUCCAACAUAAAAAUUGCAUCGAUUUAUUAAAUUGUAAUAACCAAUUCAACUAAUGAUCGUUACAAUUUAAACAAAACACUAAUGGUAAAUGAUAUUAUGUAUUACGAUUGAAAUGGUGACAAUGACAUUGCAAUACAAAAGGAUAUUUAACUAAUGGUAUUGCAAAUUAAUUGAUGAUUCAAUUUGAUUGAAUAGUGAGAGUUGCAGCUCAAAAGAUGGACACAAAUAAUUAUUGCUAAACUUUUUUUCUGUGCUUUUUUGUUGGUACACAAUUUUGGCUAAUCAACAUUUCCAUUGGGAUUAAUUUAAUAUUUACCUCUGGGAUGGAUGGUUAAAUGAUAGUGAUAAUAUAUAAAUCUAUGGUUUUAAUUAUGCGGAUUAUGAUAAACUCCCAUCUCUCUGAUAUUAUGAUGAUAUUAUUAUUGUUUAUUGUUUGAUGCUGCUUUUUGUUGGGUGAAGCCUUUUUUUUGCUGGUGGGUUUUGUUUGUGUGUCAAGAGAUUAUCCCGGAAGUGAUUGAUAUGGAAACCAGGAAAUGAAGUGAAAAACUUUCACUUGAAAGCAUCCAACCAAUUUAACCAGCCUGCCAAAUGAUUUCAUCUUGCAAUUAACUAAUCCAGUUAACUUUUUACUAAGUCACUAUUAAGGACUCUCUCUCUCUCUCUCUCUCCCACAUACUUAAUCAUCGCAAUUAACACUCAUGUUAAUUUGAACAUAUUAUCUCAUCAAUUUCUCAUUCUAUGGCCGUUGUUACUUUGUAAUCUUUAAUUGUUGCUGUUUUCGAGAACCCAAACAAUCAAUUGUGUUGAAUUUUUCGGUUUUUUUUUCAUCGAACUUGUUUACACGAUUUGAUCCUCUUGAUUUCGCUUCUUCCUUGGACCUAUUCUGAUUCCUCGUGAAAGGACGAAUCUUGACCUGAUUUCAAUUCACUGACAAUUAACUUGGAUUAAUGCAAAUAUUUAAUUAGCUAUUCGAUUUGUGUGCAAAUUGAUGAUUUAUCUCUUUCUUUCUUUCUCUCUUUUUCCAAAUCAUUCGAAACAACGAAAACUAUUCCCUUCGAUCUCAUUCAACUUCACUGAAGCUUCUGCUUGACGCCAUUUUUUUCGCAUUUUUAUCUUCACUUUGUCAUCUUAUUCUGGUUCCUUCUCUCUUUCUCUCUCUCUCUCUCUCUCUCUGUCAGGGUAGUUAAUUUAAUUUCAAUGAUUUAAAUUUUCUACCCAAUUGGAUUCCAAUUUGAUAAUCAAAUUUUGAUUAUAGUUCUUGUGGAUUACAUCGUAUGAAAAACAUCAAGAUGAUCAACUAAUUAUCUAACCUAAACUUUGCAUCUUCAUUUAAUUCAUUGAAAACUAUGCUGCUGAUUUUCAUCAAGUGAUCAACAAUUAACAAAACCAACUCACCCAGUGUUGAUAAAUCACAUGUACAUCAAAUUAAAUUGCACACAAUUUGUUUUUCUUGGAUAAAUUGAAAGUUUCACAAAUACACACACACACACAAUCAAUUAAACAUCACAACCACCACAUCAGCAACACCAUUACAAACAAUUUAAAAGCAAUCAAUUGAUUUAAUCCAACAUAACAUUUAGUAACUACAAUUGCAAAGGUUUUGAUUACUCUUAUAUACUUAUAAUAUA